GGUAUGACCAAAUCUAUCCGACGGUCAACAAAGAGGAGAAAAAGAACAAUUGCAGAUGAAUCCGCUGAAAAUGUUAUUGACUGGUGGUCAAAAUACUACGCUUCUGUGCUCAAAAUGCAAAAGACUUCUGAUCACAUAGCAUUGAUCAUAGAGGAUGAGCCAGACAAAAAGAAGAAGGAUAAGACAUUGAAAAGGAAACAGAAGGAAACUCCAAACUUAGCAACACUGCAGUCAUCCCAGCCUGCUGAGUUAUUCCACGAAGAACCAUUUUUAGCUGAUCACAUCUACAUAGAUGUGGAGCAGGGUAAAAGUACAGUGGUAGAGCCAGACCCAUCUCUGAGAGCACUUCCUGCCACUGAACCAGAGCACUCUGCCUCUGAGACAGUGAAAGAGAAGAAAAAGAAGGGUAUGACAAAAUCUAUCCGACGGUCAACAAAGAGGAGAAAAAGAACAAUUGCAGAUGAAUCCGCUGAAAAUGUUAUUGACUGGUGGUCAAAAUACUACGCUUCUGUGCUCAAAAUGCAAAAGGCAAAAGGGAUUUUUUCCAGUGAAGGAAAACUUGAAGACAAUAAACAGACUUCUGAUCACAUAGCAUUGAUCAUAGAGGAUGAGCCAGACAAAAAGAAGAAGGAUAAGACAUUGAAAAGGAAACAGAAGGAAACUCCAAACCUAGCAACACUGCAGAUUUAUGAAGGAGAUUUGGAGAGUGAAUUUAAUAACUUUGAGGACUGGGUGAAAACUUUCCAGCUUUUUAGAGGAAAAUCUAAUGACGAAGUUCAUGCUGAUGCUGAAGACAGAAUAAUAGGAAAAUUUAAGGGCUCCUUCUGCAUAUACCCGAGUCCUGAGGAUGGCAGCUUGCUGGACGGAGGGCAGCCCCGCAUCCUGCAAGGGAUACCACCAAACCACUCUGUCAAAGUACUCAUCAGGGUUUACAUUGUGGCAGCAUUUAACCUCAGCCCAGCUGAUCCAGAUGGCAAGUCAGAUCCCUACAUUGUGCUGAGACUGGGCAACACAGAAAUUAAAGACAGAGAAAACUACAUCCCCAAGCAGCUAAACCCUGUAUUUGGAAGAUCAUUUGAAAUUCAAGCUACAUUCCCCAAGGAUUCCUUGCUCAGAGUCCUGAUCUAUGACCAUGAUUUCGUGGGGACUGAUGAUCUCAUUGGAGAGACUAAAAUUGAUUUGGAGAAUCGUUUCUACAGCAGGCAUCGAGCUACCUGUGGGUUACAGAGUCAAUAUGAAAUAGAAGGGUACAAUGCAUGGCGAGAUGCAACCAAGCCAAGUGAGAUCCUCACUAAGCUCUGCAAGGACUACAAAAUCAAUGGACCCUUCAUGAGGCCGGGGGAGAUACAAGUAGGAACAAAAGUCUUUAAGGGACAGACAGUCUUCACAGAAGAUGAGAAUGAGGAGCCAGUUGAAUCGUAUGAACAUCUCUCCUUAAAGGUUUUACGUGCUUGGGAGGAAAUCCCUGGAGCUGGAUACAAACUGGUCCCAGAGCACAUUGAGACUCGGCCUCUCUACCAUAAGGAUAAGCCAGGCAUGGAACAGGGCCGUGUACAGAUGUGGGUCGACAUGUUUCCUAAUGAUAUGCCUCUGCCAGGCCCCCCAGUGGACAUUUCACCAAGAAAACCCAAAGGCUAUGAACUGAGAGUAAUUAUCUGGAAUACAGAAGAUGUAAUUCUAGAAGAUGAAAAUAUCUUUACAGGGCAAAAAUCAAGUGAUAUCUAUGUAAAAGGGUGGAUAAAGGGACUGGAAGAGGACAAACAGGAGACAGACGUACAUUACAAUUCCUUGACAGGAGAGGGCAACUUCAACUGGCGCUUUGUGUUCCCGUUCCACUAUCUCCCAGCAGAGAAACAAAUCGUGGUUAGUAAAAGAGAAAACAUAUUUUCCUUGGAAAAGACAGAACGCAAAAUACCUGCAGAGCUGGUACUUCAGGUGUGGGAUUUCGAAAGGCUCUCUUCAGAUGAUUUCUUGGGCACUCUUGAAUUGGACCUGAACGGGUUCCCUCCGGCAGUAAAGACAGCCAAAAGCUGUGACUUAGGAACAGUUUUGGCAGCAAGUGAAGAGAACAAGAUCUCCAUAUUUCAGCAGAAGCGUGUCAGAGGCUGGUGGCCUUUCAUCAAGGCUGGGGAGCUCACGGGCAAGGUGGAAGCUGAGUUUCACUUAGUCACAGCAGAAGAAGCUGAGAAGAAUCCAGUGGGAAAAGCUCGAAAGGAGCCUGAGCCCUUGGAAAAACCCAACCGACCAGACACAUCCUUCUCUUGGUUUGUAAAUCCUUUCAAGUGUUUGUAUCACCUGAUCUGGAAAAAUUACAAGAAGUACAUCAUCAUCGGCAUAAUUCUUCUUAUUCUUGUCAUCUUCCUGGUGCUCUUCAUCUACACACUGCCAGGUGCAAUCAGUGAAAGGAUAGUUCUGGGAUAAAUGUAAGUUAUGUCUCUCAUUGUAAUCAAUCAUAUACGAAGACUUCAGCUAAAAAUAAAACUCAGGCAAAAAGAAUUAACCUGAAACACACCUCAUUCCUUGUAAAAAGAAAAAUAACUAUUUGCUUCAGAAACUGGACAUCUCAGAAUAUUUUAAUGUCCUUUUUAAAUGCUCAUUCAGACCCAGCCUUUAUGUACAUUAUCAUUAACCUACUGGUGCAGCUUUAUUGACAUUGAUAUUGAAAGUGUCAUUAUGUAGCUAAAAGUGAGUUUGAAAGUAAAUUCCUCAGUGCUAUGCAGAAACUGAUUUGUCAGUCACGUAUUUAUUUUUAUGGACAAAUAAUUAAAUAUUGAGAGCAAAAU